GAAAUUUCAAGAUAUUAAAUUUUGGAGAAAUGGCUUUCGUUCAUUUGGAUAUCAGAUGCUUAUAUACCCUUCUUAUUUGCACAGCAUUUGGCUCUACUUUGUGUUCAAAUGCCGAGAUAAAAGUUAAUCCUCCUCAGGAUUUUGAAAUAGUGGAUCCUGGAUAUUUAGGUUAUCUCUGUUUGCAGUGGCAACCUCCGCUGUCUCUGGAUAAUUUUAAGGAAUGCACAAUAGAAUAUGAAUUAAAAUACCGAAACAUUGAUAGUGAAAGUUGGAAGACGAUCAUUACUAAGAAUCUGUAUUAUAAAGACGGAUUUGAUCUUAACAAAGGUGUUGAAGCAAAGAUACACACACUUCUGACAGGGCAGUGCACAAACGGUUCAGAAGUUCAAAGCUCAUGGUCAGAAGCUACUUAUUGGACAUCAACACAAGGAAAUCUGGAAACUAAAAUUCAGGAUAUGGAUUGUGUAUAUUACAACUGGCAAUAUUUACUAUGCUCUUGGAAACCUGGCAUGGGUGUCCAUUUUGAUACCAAUUACAGCUUGUUUUACUGGUAUGAGGGCUUGGACCAUGCAGUACAGUGUGCAGAUUACAUCAAGGCUAAUGGAAAAAAUAUUGGAUGCAGGUUUCCUUAUUUGGAGUCAUCAGACUAUAAAGAUUUCUACAUCUGUGUUAAUGGAUCAUCAGAAUCUCAGGCUAUCACUCCGAGCUAUUUCAUUUUUCAGCUUCAAAAUAUAGUUAAACCUUUGCCACCAGACGACCUUAGUUUUUCUGUGAAGAAUUCAAAGGAAAUUAACUUGAAAUGGAGCAUCCCCAGAGGACCUAUUCCAGCAAAGUGUUUCAUUUAUGAAAUUGAGUUUAAAGAAGAUGAUACUGCCUGGGUGGUAUGGACAUUGUGAUUACUUGGGAAAAUCAUGAAGUUAGCCUAUUAAAUAAAAUAGCAAACAAUA